CGUUUCCCCCCGCUGGAGAGCGCUAAAGCUCACUACCAGCUAAGAGAAGAAGAAGAGGAAGAGGAAGAGGGACUGGGUUGCAUUCAGGAAAGGCCAUGGCAGAAGUGCAGAUUCGUCGCUAUGAGGACGAUGAUGAGGAAGACGUGAAGGAGAUCUUCACACUUGGAAUGAGUGAGCAUGUGCCAUCCUCAUGCAUGCAUGUACUGAAACAGCCACCCACCCAGAUGUUGCUAGCAUGUGUGUUCUGCGCUCUGCUGGCCAGCUCUAAGUCCAUCUUGCUGCCCAUCCUGGCUGUUACGCUGCUGCUGGCUGCAGGGCGCCAGGGAAUCAGUUACAUGUUCUCCAGCUACAUCCAAGUUUCCCUGCGUAAAGACCUUAACAAUAUCCGGGAAACGUACCUGGAGGCGGCCAACUCCUGCUUUUGGGUGGCCGAGUGCCAGGGUCGGGUGGUGGGUACAGUGGCGUGCCUCCCUGCUGAGCACAAUGAGGGCUGCCUGGAGCUUAAGCGCAUGUCGGUGAAGCACUCCCACCGUGGGAGGGGCAUCGCCAAAGCCCUGUGCCGCACCGUGGCCGACUUUGCUCAGCUGAGGGGCUUUCCAGCUGUGGUGCUCUAUACUUCAGUUGUACAGACAGAUGCUCAUAAGCUAUAUGAAAAUGCGGGCUACAAGAAGGUCCGAGAGUUUGUCGUCCCAGAGUUCAUCGCCAAGAUCACCAACUUCACUUUAUUUGAGUACAGGCUUGACCUACAGAAGCCUGGAAACUAAAUGAGAAUGUGGUUCGCUUUACUUAAAAAAAAAAGUGUUGCCCCAUUCACUUAUUCUGUUCAUGUAUUUCAGUUACAUUAGUGGCCCCUGUAAGUGUUUGAAUGUGGAAGGGGAUAGUUGUUAUACUUUCUGUUUAUUGAAUCGUUCCGGAGUAAAGAUGAAAAUGCAUAAAGUGCACAGUUAACUCCGCAUUCAGCCAUUGAUUAGAAUCAUAAUCACAAAUAUCCUGAGAUACAUAUCCCAAAGAUAUUCAGAUACAACUAACAGGUACCUCUGUUCCUCUGUUUUCCUCAAAUUGUACUUUUCAGCUCACAUUCUUCUGUUUUGACACUAACACCCUAUAACACAUUAUUAAAUAAUUAUUGAUUGUUAUAUAGGCUUAGAGUAUUUCAGGUGAUAGAUUAAAGUUCUUUUUAGGAGAGUCGCCAGCAGGCGCAGUCUGUUAGGAAACAUAAUUUUAUCCAUUCAAUGUACUGUAUGUCAUUUAAAAAGCAAUUAAUAGUAGACAAAUUUCUGUGUUAAUCUUCAUGUAAUUAUUGCACUGACCCAUUGAAUGCAGUCAAGCAUGCAUUUGGGUUGAUUUACCUAUAAUUUGCCUGUAAUUAAAACCUUUUUUGUACAAAAACUUGUUUUAUGACUGUGUUAUUACUGUAGACAUGGCCUAGGAGGAGCUGUUUCAUUUUAGUAAUGUUUUUUUUUUUUCUU